AUGCUUGGAGAAUGGUGGAACAACGAUUUGAUCAUGGACGGAGCACCCAAGAUAGAGCUGAUGCCGGAGGUCAAUCAUAAAAGUGACGAUAAAGUUCUUGAAAAGAACACUUACAGUGCCUUCAUAGGAACUGGAUUGGAGGAGUAUUUGGUGGAUAGAGAGAUAAAAGAGGUUAUAAUUACAGGAGUUAUGACGAAUUUGUGCUGUGAAACGACGGUGAGGGAGGCGUUUGUGAGAGGGUUUAGGGUUUUCUUUUUGAUGGAUGCGAUGGCAACUUGGGCAAGGGAGUUGCAUGUGGCUACGCUUAAGAAUAUGGCUUAUGGGUUUGCUUAUUUGGUUGAUUGUAAGAGGCUUAAGGAGGGUUUCUCUAAAAAGUGA